GGCCAAUUCCUCCCUCCCUUGACACUUGGACGCGCACUUCUCAACAUGGUUGCUGGCUACGCGCUGCUGGCAACUGCCCUCCUCGCCCUCCCCGGUGCCCAUGCCGUCGUCAACUAUGCCUCAGACUUUGUCGACCCAAGUUACAUUCUAGACUUCAAGUACGAGGCCCAGACUACACACGCCCAGCAGACCAUCGUGUCGUGGGCUAACAGGCUCGGUCGCAGCCGCCCAUGGAGCGUCCUUAACAAGCCUUACCUCGCCCCCACCAACGACCCACACGACUACAUGAGCUGGGCCCCCUACUACUGGCCAGACUGCAGCAAUGCCGGCAACACUUCCGUCUUGGCUGUAGAUGAGAUGUUCAAGACUUGCUUGUACUCUAACCACGAUGGCGCCCUCAACCCCGAUGCUCGUCUUGUCAACAACAUCGGCGACUUUGACGAAAUGUCCAAUGCCAUCUUUUACGCGUCCAUGGCAUGGGGUGUGACCCGUUCAAAGACGUACUCUCACCGCGCAGCCUCCCUUAUCGACUCGUGGUUCCUCCAUGAAAAGUCGUACAUGAACCCCCACCUUAACUAUGCCCAGUUGAAGGGCGGUCCAGCCGUUCGCGACCAGAUGGGUCGCCACACGGGUGUCCUCGACCUCAAAGGUAUGAUCAAGAUUGCCUCGGGCGCGCUGCUCCUUCGCCAGGGUAACGCCGAAGGAUGGAACGCGACUAUUGACGGGCGCUUCCAAACCUGGGUUUCCAACUACACCAACUGGAUUAAGAACUCGCCCAUCGCUCAGGACGAGGAGGCGUCGGUCAACAACCACGGCACCUUCUACUCGGCCCAGCUAGCCGCUCUUCAGCUCAUCACCAACGACACUCAGGAUGCCGCUGCCACCAUCCAGAAGUACUUUGACGGCCACUUCAAGCACCAGAUCAAGCUUGACGGCUCGCAGCCGUACGAGCUUAACCGUACCCGUCCUUACCACUACCUCGCAUACAACCUCGCCGCCAUGGUUACCGCCGCUCGCAUCGGCGAAUACGCCGGCAUCAAUGUAUGGGACACCAAGUCGGACGAGGGAGCAACCAUUCAGACUGCUUGCGACUUUGCCAUGAACUACGACCCAAAGAACGAACUGCCAGACGAGCUGUACCCUGUUGUCGCUGCCGUGGCCGCCCACUACGGCGACCCAGACGGCAAGUACUCUGGCUGGCUCAACCAGAAGACCAAUGGGCAGUACGUGACCGAGCCGUCCUUCUUCUGGACACAGCCGCUCUCCGAUUCCGGCAACGCCGUCCCAACAUUCGUCACAUUCGCGCGCGGCGGACGCACUGGCACUAUCACUCCCGGCACUCGACCAACAGGAGGCACGAGUGCCGCCUCGCGCCGCGCGUCUCUCCCACUCGGCGCCCUUGCCCUCCCCGCCGCGCUCUUCGCCCUCGCUGGCGCCCUCUACUCGCUCUUCUAAUUCAACACCGGCCGAUGCUGGACGUCUCGACAAGCCGAUCUUUCUUCUCAUGUAUAGUUGGACUGGCGGCCGCCUCCCAACGACUAUUCCCGUCUCAGGAUUCCAAGGACUCCCGGACAUUUCAUCAUACAAGCGCAUUUUCCGUAACAUAUCUCGCACGCCGAGCGCGUGGCUGAUGAGCAUGCAGUGCAUAUUCGAGGGCGCU